UGCCUGCCCGGCCGGCGGGGCGGGAAGGGGCGGCCCCGCAGCCGCCCUAUAACUCCCCUUUCGCCCGGCUGGUGGGAGGUAGCGGUUCCUCAAGGAGCGGGAUGGAGGCGGCAGCGGCGGGACAUCACCCUGCGGAGGUGCGCUCUCUGGGCAGAGCCCUGGCCGGUACCCGCCCCCAGGAGCGUCCCGGCUGCCCCCCGGCCUCCGCCGGCGGCUCUAAGGCCGAGGCGCGGGUGCUGGUCAUCAACACGGGCGGCACCAUCGGCAUGGUGCAGGACGUCAAGGGACUUGCCCCUGAGGCCAAUAAAUUAGUAAGCAGCUUGAAAACGAUGCCGAUGCUGCAUGACGAGGCAUAUGCCCAGGAAACAAAACUGAACUUCUCCCAUGAAUUUCCAGAUAACACACUGGUGCUCCCUGUCUCUAAGCAAAACAAAAGAAUUUUUUACACAAUCCUGGAGCUCUCACCACUGCUUGAUUCUUCCAACAUGACGCCAGAGGACUGGGCCAAAAUUGCAAAGAAACUUGAGGAGCACUAUGAAAAGUACGAUGGUUUUGUGAUCCUUCACGGCACUGAUACCAUGGCCUAUACAGCUUCAGCCUUAUCCUUCAUGUGUGAGAACCUGGGUAAAACUGUUGUUCUGACAGGAUCUCAGGUGCCCAUAUACGAGUUGCAGAAUGACGGCCGAGCCAACCUUCUGGGGGCACUACUCUUUGCUGGGCAGUUCGUGAUUCCUGAGGUGUGCCUGUAUUUUUAUAAUAAACUGUACAGGGGAAAUAGGGUGACUAAGGUGGAUGCUGGGAGUUUCAAUGCCUUUUCCUCACCUAACCUGCCUCCACUUGCAAAUGCUGAGGUUGAUAUUACAAUAAACUGGGAAACGGUGUGGAGAGCCAAUACCAAAAAGAAAUUUCGAGUUCACACCAAUAUGAACAGGAAUGUUGGGCUUCUGCGAAUCUUCCCAGGAAUCACCGCUGCUGCUGUAAAAGCAUUUCUUCAGCCUCCAAUUGAGGGCAUUGUACUUGAAACUUAUGGAAGUGGUAAUGCCCCAAACAACAGAGAAGACUUGCUGAAAGAACUGAAGAAAGCGGCUGAACGGAAAGUAGUGAUUCUAAAUUGUACCCAGUGCUUACGAGGGUCUGUUAAAACGGUCUAUGCAACAGGGCAGACUCUCGCGGAUGUUGGAGUAAUUCCUGGAGGUGAUAUGACACCAGAGGCAGCCCUAACUAAACUGUCGUACACGCUCAGCAAGAGUAGGCUUAGCUGGGAGGAGAAGAGGCAGAUGCUGAGUGAGAAUCUAAGAGGAGAAAUGACUGUUGUACCCACAGGAGCCAAGAUCUCUCUGAGAGAUAGCAAGUUUAUUCAAGUGAUUGCCAAAUCUCUAAGUAUCAGCAGCAAGGAGGAGUUAGAAGCUGUAAGAGAUGCAUUAAUUCCACCUCUGGCUUGCGCUGCAGCUAAACUGGGUGACACAGACGCACUAAGAGCCAUAGCAGAAAUGGGUGGAAACUUGAGCUGUGGAGACUAUGAUGGUCGAACUCCACUUCAUAUUGCAGCCUCUGAAGGGCAUUUGCCAUUAGUUGAGUAUCUGUUGACAUCUGGCGCAACCGUUUAUGCUAGAGACAGAUAUGGAUCUACCCCACUGAUGAAUGCAAUCAAGUUCAGGCACAUAGAAGUGAUUAAUUUGUUACGAGAAACGGGAGCGCACCUCUCAAGCCAUGACUUGGAGAACAUUGGAACAAUACUCUGCAGCCUUGCAGCUGAAGGCGAUGUGGAUGGGCUGUAUGCCUGGUACCUAGCUGGUGCAGACAUGGAGCAAACUGGUUACGAUGGCAGGAAUCCCCUACAAGUAGCAGAGGCUACAGGGCAUAAGGAAGUUCUUGACUUCUUUAGACAAAAGAAGUGAAGAAGGCUGUAGAAGAUGGUCACUCCUCUUCCAGCUUUGAACAUUAACGGUGUUAAGCUGUUACGGGAGGAAAAGAGGAAAGGAACAAUGGUGAUUGUGCUUGCAGCACACAGGAAAGCUAGAGCUUAGAAAUGUUCUUUACUUAGGAUCACAUUAAGUUCUUACUGAUUUUCUACAAAUGAUUUGCUGCUCUGUCUUUUAAUCAGGUUUUCUGAAAAGACAUUUUUAUAAACAAGUGAGGCUGGAAUGUAUUGCCUUUACUGCACAAGUUUUGGUUUUAAAAAGGCCUUUUGAAUCUUAUGUUAAAUCAAUGAGGACGGUAUCUGCAGGCAUGCAAAUGGAAAUGCUGUGGUGAAUUCAUAUCAAGAAAAAACAGCGGAUUGUGCAUUUCUGGGCUUCAGCUAAUAAAAUCUCUGAGGAACAA